UCUCAAGGUAAUGUGGAGCAAGUCUUUGUCUGUACCAUGUACGCCCAUCGCACCGCAACGCGAUUAAUCAAGGAGACAUCCACCUUAAUCGCCUGGGAUUUGCGGCAGGUAAACGGCAUCCGACUGAACCCGGAUCGAGUGGGGAAUGCUACAUGUAGUCGGAUGGGUGACCCUAUCACUCAUAGUGUGGUAUUUCAUACAUUCCGAGAUCGUCAACGACGACCUGCCGGUCCUCACACAGAUGCAUACAUACCCAUCCAUUGAUAAAGAUGAUUCAUGGAUCCUCCGCCUCGAUCGUGCAGCAGAGAAUCUCUCCACCUUGAUUCAU